AUGAAGGAGAGAAACAUGUAUUUGGUUGGAGAAGGGAAAGGGAAUAAUAGUAAUAAUAGAAUGGUUAGUAGUUAUCAAAGAUCACAACUUGUUGGAAAUGGAAAAAGAAGAUUGAUCAAUUCAAAGAGUUAUUUCAGUUUAGAAUCUUUAUUGUUGUUGCUAUGUCUUACGGCUUCCCUUUUGAUCUUGCCACUUAUGCUGCCGCCCUUGCCGCCGCCUCCUUUUGCCCUUUUACUACUACCAAUUGGGAUUUUGGCUUUGCUAAUCAUCUUGGCCUUUACACCCUCCUCUUCUUCAUCUUCAUCUUCUUCUUCUUCCAAUGCUCCAAGAGAUGUUACUUGUUAUAUGUAA